AGUUGAGAUAAUGUUCAAAGGUCAUGUCUUUACAUGCUUUGUCUUUGAUAAAAACUUGAAGUAAAGAAUUCAGCAUGUGGUAACAUACUAACAUCACAUUCACAAAGUGUUAUUUAGUUAAAAAGAUGGAUUCAAGAUUGUUACUGGUUGUGUUGGGGUGUUGCAUAACACCACUGAUUGCUCUAAAGGAUCCAGUUUCUUCAAGAGUUAUUGUAUCACCUGAAAUUCAAGCAACUAAAGGGGAAUCUGUGACUUUUACAUGUGACCCAGCAAAGCCAGAGCCAGAAGAAUACAUCCAAUGGUGGGAGUAUGUGACAUCAAGAUGGAGACCAAACAUUAUAUAUAAUCCAGCAAGGCCUGGAGGUUAUAACAGACGAUUAUAUCAAUUUGAAAAUGGAGGACGGAACUUUACUAUUAAGACUCCACUGUUGAGUGCAGGAGGGACAUAUGAGUGUAGAACCCUGGUAGAGCCAUCAAGUCACCCAGUUGAGCUUAUUGUGUUAAGAUCGCCUGGUUGUCUAAACAGGAGAGGUAAUACCCUCAAUGAAGGAGAUACUGCCCUGCUUAGAUGCUCUGUGGAGUAUCAGAGUAACAGAAUCCCUCUUCUUACAUGGUAUACAGAACAAGGUGCUUUGCUACCAAGCCAGUACUCUGUGAACAUGAAUGGUUUGACUCAAAUGACUACUAACUUUACAAAUACUCAUGAGCAUGAUAACACAAGUCCCAACUGCCAAGUAACCAUCCCUGGCACCCCUUACUUAGAUAGCUGUACAGUGCGGUCACCUAUGAGAGUAAGAUAUUUGGUAAGAGACAUAGCUAUUCAACAUAACUACGAAAGACCUGGUGUUCCCCAUUUCCGAAUUGGAGAUGUAAUCAACUGCACUGCAAGAGGAAACCCAGACCCACAAUUCACCUGGCAAAAAGUUGGCGGAAGCGGUGGUGACAUGACCAUAUAUGGUCCCCAGUUAGAAAUCCCAGUUGGAAGCAAUGGAGAAUAUACAUUCAUGUGUACUGCUAAGAAUUCUGUGAACAGUGAUUAUCAGAGAAUAAAUACAUCUAUCACAUUUGUGGUCUCAAACACACACACAGAGCACCAGUACAAGUAUCAGUAUGUGGCCACAUUUUUCCCACACCAUAAUGACCCAAGACCUAGUGACAAUGACCUGACUAUUGUAAUGAGCAGUAGCGAAGAUGCUAACGUCCACUUAUUCAGUCCAUAUAAGGAGGUACAAGAUCAGCUAUUCAUUCCAGCGAAACGAUCAAUAAAUUACACAGUUUGGUCGGACCAUGGUUUAGAUGAAAUAGGCGACCAUGUUUCAAGGAAAAGCAUUUUCCUGAAAAGUGAUGUCCAAAUAACUGUUCAAGUUUUUAGUGGACAAAGAAGCAAGCCGGGAAACAGUAUGGGAUUAUAUUCUGCAUUUCCUAUACCAAGUUUUCGACCCAAGGAAAAAAUGCAUGUUUACUAUGCAAUUGGAUACAGUGGUAAUAAUAACAAUAGAAACAUGAUUUCGAUAGCAGCUACAAAUGAUGAUACAAAGGUCACAAUUUGGUCCAAAAGAACAACCAGAUAUAGAAAUGAGACAUAUCCAGCUCACACAGUGUAUCUUGCUAGUGGACAGACAUAUGUUCACAUGGAUCCAGAGGCCGACCUUACAGGUACAAAAAUAGAGACAAACUACCCUGUUGUUGUAGUUAGUGGGUCUACAUAUGCUCAAAGGCUUGGAACAGGUAGAUCUAUGAUCAAUGAACAAAUUCCUCCAAUCCAUCAAUUAGGAUCAAGAUUCAUUGUCCUUAAAGAGAGCUCUAUACGGCAUGAUAUACGAGUAGUUGCUACAGAGAAAAACACAGAAGUAUCGUGUCAGCGCAGAAUGUGUGAUGCAAGUCUUGCGGCAGGACAAUCAAUAACAAUUAACUUCACGAUCUAUGGCCAUGAUCCUGAACUCAUCACGUGUAGCAAGCCAUGUCUAGUAGUGAGAUAUGUCUAUCGUCAUGGCAACCCUACUAUGUCCCUAGUACCUUCAGUGGAACAGUACCAUAACAGAAGCCUCACAUUCUCCCGUAUGCCAACUGGGGAUGUUGGGAAUUUUAAUUUAUAUAUCUACCUUUCAACAAAUGGAACACGAUUCAGUGACAACUUUCUGAUAAAUGGUGUUCGAUUGUAUCUGCAAGACUGGACUUGUUUUGAUUACACCUGUGGAGGACACCGUGUGGAUUCCAUUGAUCCAAACAAAGAUAACACAGUCAUAAUCCAAUCACAAGACUCAAGUGAAUUUGUUGCAACUGUAACCUUCUUGGAUUUCCCUGCAAACAAAUUAUAUAAAACCUAUGCCACUACAUUCUUAUUUGCACAAGAUGAAGACUUUGUCCAACCACCAACCACUACGACAAGUAGCUACACAACAGAAACAACAGAGACAACUACUAGUCUACCUCAAUGGAAAGCACACAGUUGUCAGUGUGUUAUCAACAUCCAGGUGAACUCUACCAACUGUUCCCAGGGUAGUAGCAACAUAAACCAGGCCUGCGAGGUGAGCUUUCCUGUAGAUGACCUUGGAACGAAAUCCCAACACCUUCAAGAUGGCUGUGAGGGAUGUCUACACAUGCUCAGAGCGUGUCCCAAAGAAUGUCGCACUGAGGCGAGAUCAUACUGGGGGACAGAAGGACUGUACCGUAAGCUGGUUAUCGAUACUCCCGGGGGGCCGCAGGAGAAGCGCCUAGGCCAGUCAUACUGUGAGGUCUAUAGGAAGGAAAUUCUACCUCCAGGGGCUGAUAUUGUGUCCAAGCAUGUCAUUAAUGAAUGUGACGAGGAGUCUUUUAACAAAGACUUCAAUGCUAAGCUUUGUUGUGCAGUGCUGGAUGUGCCUGUUGUUGGGAAAAUCCCUAUUUGGGACUACAACUGUAAUGGGAUCAUUGAAAAUGAUGAACAAGCUAUGGCUAAUAUUGCUCAUGAUGACAAUAGUGGAUAGUCCAUGAUGCACCUAAACAUUAUACAUGUACUCUCAAUAUCUCUCAUUCUAACAACUAACUACUAAUCCUUUGGUUGGUUGCAGUGAAAUACUCUCAACUAUUAUUUAAAUUAGCCAAAGCUUGUUUUCUUUGGACACCCUUCAAAUAUUAAGCCAGCAGAGUUUAUAUUGUAAAAUCUUGUGGCAGAAGUUGGCAGAAGUGAAUCUGGU